CAAAAAUUAGAGGUUAUGGUUAAUUUUAAUCGGUCCUAACACGACAUAAUGUCUGUUUUGUAAUAAAAAAAAAAAAUCUUUUUGAUAUUAAAACAAUUGAACACAAAUUAUAAUCACAAUUUAACAAGUUCAUUAUGGAGAAACCGCAAAAAAUGCCCAAAGUGGCAAAAGUUAAAAAUAAAGCUCCAGCGGAGAUACAAAUUACAGCAGAGCAACUUCUUCGAGAAGCGAAAGAAAGAGAUCUUGAAAUUUUACCACCGCCUCCAAAACAAAAAAUCUCUGAUCCACAUGAAUUAGCUGAUUAUCAGCAUCGUAAACGAAAAGUUUUUGAGGAUAAUAUUAGAAAAAAUAGGAUCGUUAUUUCUAAUUGGAUAAAGUACGCUCAGUGGGAAGAAAGUCAGAACGAAAUUCGAAGAGCUAGAUCAAUUUACGAACGAGCAUUAGACGUUGAUCACAGAAACGUAACAUUAUGGCUCAAGUACACAGAAAUGGAAAUGCGACAUCGGCAAGUGAAUUAUGCUCGCAAUUUAUGGGAUCGUGCUGUUACAAUUUUACCCAGAGUCAGUCAAUUUUGGUACAAGUACACCUACAUGGAAGAAAUGUUGGAAAAUAUUGCAGGUGCUCGACAAGUAUUUGAAAGAUGGAUGGAAUGGGAGCCUGAUGAGCAGGCUUGGCAGACUUAUAUAAAAUUUGAAUUACGUUACAAAGAAAUUCAAAGAGCGAGAGAUAUUUUUGAACGAUUUGUUAUGGUUCACCCUGAUGUUAAACAUUGGAUAAAAUAUGCACGUUUUGAAGAAAAUCAUGGAUUCAUAAAUGGUUCUCGUAAAGUUUAUGAACGAGCUUUUGUAUUUUUUGGAGACGAAAGCUUAGAUGACAAGUUAGUGAUUGCAUUUGCAAGAUUUGAAGAAGGGCAACGAGAGCACGAUAGAGUUAGAGUUAUUUACAAAUAUGCAUUGGACAAUCUUUCAAAAGAUAAAACGCAAGAAAUUUAUAAAGCUUAUACAAUUCAUGAAAAGAAAUACGGAGAUCGCUCAGGAAUAGAAGAUGUAAUUGUCAGUAAACGAAAACAUCAAUAUGAACAGGAAGUUAAAGAAAAUCCGUCCAAUUAUGAUGCGUGGUUUGAUUAUUUGCGAUUAGUAGAAUCAGAAGGCGAUGUAGAAAUUAUUAGAGAAACUUAUGAGCGUGCGAUAUCAAAUGUUCCACCAACAACGGAUAAACAAUUCUGGAGAAGAUACAUUUAUCUUUGGAUAAAUUAUGCUCUUUAUGAAGAAUUAGAAACAGAGGAUAUAGAACGAUGUCGACAAGUUUACAGUGCAUGUUUAAAUUUGAUUCCCCAUAAAAAGUUCACAUUUUCGAAAAUCUGGUUAAUGUACGCACAAUUUGAAAUUCGACAGAAGAAUUUGACAGGGGCUCGAAAAUUUCUGGGAAUGGCUUUAGGAAUAUGCCCCAGAAAUAAAUUAUAUCGUGGUUAUAUCGAUUUAGAAAUUCAAUUAAGAGAAUUCGAUAGGUGCAGAAUUUUAUAUCAAAAGUUUCUUGAAUUUGGUCCGGAAAAUUGUACAACAUGGAUGAAGUUUGCCGAACUGGAAACACUUUUAGGUGACAUUGAUCGAGCUCGUGGUAUUUAUGAAUUGGCAGUCGCUCAACCUGUUUUAGAAAUGCCAGACGUUUUGUGGAAAGCAUAUGUAGAUUUUGAAAGAGGACAAGAUGAACCAGAAAAAGCAAGAGAAUUGUACGAAAGAUUACUAGAAAAAACUUUACAUGUAAAGGUAUGGAUUUCCUAUGCAAAAUUUGAACUGACUAAUCCUGUUGCCGAGGAAGGACUAAAUAACGUUAUUCUAGCAAGACGAAUAUUUGAGCGCGGUAAUAACUGUUUGCGCGAUAAUGGAAAUAAAGAAAGUAGAGCUCUUCUUUUGGAAGCUUGGAGAGAUUUUGAAAAUAAUCACGGCGAUGAAGAAAGUCAAUCUAAGAUAUUGGAGAAAAUGCCGCGUAGAGUUAAACGACGAAGACGUGUCAUUGGAGAAGAUAAGUCUGACGAUGGUUGGGAGGAAGUUUUCGAUUUUAUUUUCCCAGAAGAUGAGUCUCAACGGCCACAUUUGAAAGUUUUGGCUUCAGCGAAAGCUUGGAAACAAAAAGCAAUGUUGUUGGCCAAUCAAAAUAGUUCAGAAUCCUUAGAAACUGAUGAGAGCACUGAAUCAACAAAUGCUCCAAUUAUUGAAUCUAAUAAUGAAAGAGCAGAUUUAAAAUUCUUGGCGGCGGCGAAAGCUUGGAAACAGAAGGAAGUAACUGAAAAAGAUAACACAUCCGAUUCACAAGUAGAAAAUCAAAUAACAAAUUCUACUGAUCAUAAGGAUACGGAAUUGACAAAUAGCAAAAAUGUAAAUGAAUAAAAUGUUUCAAAAGCACUAAACGUACAAAUUAAAAAAAAAUUUAAUUUAAUUUUCUUAACACAAAGAAUAUUCUUUCCAUUUAUUAAUUUUUUUUUCAAAAGUUGGUUUUGAAAAUACUUAAUUACAUUUUGGUCAUUUAAUCGUUUCAGAACUUGAGAAAUUUCUGAAUGAAAUUGAAAUAUGUAAAUAAGUUUUACAAUGUAAAACCCAUCAAGAAAAAGGUAUGAAUAAAAUAAUUUUUUAUCUUAAA